GGGCGACUUUGGUCACACUGCAAAUCCAUAGAGUAACCAUGGUAACAGUCUGGUUAGUGAAGCAUAAACGAAGAGAGGUGAACACCUGACACACUGCCAACUUGACGCACAGCCCGUCUACCUGCCUCUGCCGUAAACAGCGCUAGGAGCUGAAUCUUUUUGCUUCAAUACACUUCAAUUGCACUUUUAAGUGGCACCAGUUUACUCUCAUAUUUCCAGUAAUGAGAUUCCGAAAAGGAAUUAUUUCAUAACAUUAAGAAGCUUGUAGUUCAACGUUGAUAUUGUGAGGAACUGGUGAAUCGAGGGAUGAAGUUACCUGUCUGGGACCAGGGCCAGUGGGAGGCAGCCUGUUUGGUGUUAUGGGGAUUUGCAGUGUGUGUGAGGGGUGGGUUUGUGAAGCCUCCUCCAUCCUUUGCAUUGUGGUCCUUGACGGAGGGUGAGACGCGGCUGCCCUGUCAGUACCAGGUUCAGGAGGACGAGCAGGUAGUUCAGGUCAGCUGGAUCAAGGAGCUACCUGAUGGCACCAAGGAACAUAUCAUCACCGCCCACCGCACAGAGGGACAGACAGAGUUUGGGCGGUACUCUGGGAGAGUGAGGUUUGAGAGCCGUCGCUCCAUGGUGAACUCUGCUCUGCUCAUCCUGACCACGGAGGAGUCUGAUGAGGGGAAAUACAUCUGUCACAUCAGCACAUUCCCCUAUGGGAACUUUGAGAGGAAGCUGUCACUCACUGUGUGGACCUUCCCCAUCUCCUCUCUGGACCCGGUGGUUCUGGAGGAGGGCCAGUCCUUCCGCGUGGCUGCCUCCUGCCGCUCCGUGGCCUGCCCUGCACCCCGCCUGACCUGGGACACGGACCUUCCUGGCCAGGCCCAGAACCGCAGCUCCGAGGGCGGGGUCGUGUCCACUCACUUCUCCCUGCACCCCCUGAGGAGCAUGAAUGGCAUGCGGUUGGACUGCCUGGUCUGGCACCCUGCUCUGGAACAACCCCGCAGGAUCAGCAACCGCCUGGUGGUGCAAUUUCCCCCAGAUGCAUCUGUCACCGGCUUUGAUGGCAACUGGUACAUGGGACUGAAGGGAGCUGAACUCCGUUGUGAGUCUGGAGGAAACCCCAAACCAAAAAACUUCACCUGGACCAGGGAUGGUAAGGCUCUGCCAGAUGGCCUGACUGUGGAUGGAGCAAGGCUUCUGUUUGGCCGAGCCCUGAGACAGAAUGACACUGGAGUUUAUGAAUGUGUGGUGAACAACGGCAUUGGGAAAAGGAAAGUAGAAUGUAACAUCACAGUUACAGAGACAUCUCGGAGUGUGCAGGAAGUGAUCUUUGACACUCUAGUGAUGAUCAUUAUAGGUGUGGCUGCUGGGGUGUUGGUCAUCGUCAUGAUCAUCGUCAUCAUUUUAGUCAACCGAUACCACAGACGCAAAAACAGCAAAUUAGAGAUGGCGCUUAGCAAAAGGAUGUUAGAAAUCAACACUCUCUCCAGACAGGCCUCCUCCAGGAGACUCAACUCUGUCAGCACAGACCCCAGAGGACAGAAUGAAGACUGUACACUACUCAGACUAGACAGUAGAAUGAAAAAAAGCCUAAUGUCCCUUGAGGACCAUCCCAUCUACAAAGGCAGUCAAUCCACCCUCGGUGGGAAGUGGGGGACGGUUCGAGAGGGUGAUUUGGACUACCUAGGCCGCCCCAUCCUGUACCAAUCUAGCUGGCGCGAGUGCAAAGAGAGUAUGAGGGGGGCUGAGAUGGAGGGAGAAAGGGAAGAGCGCAAACAAAGGGUGGAGUCGUACCUAAAGAGCAGCAAUAUGUCCCUGGCCUAUCUGUUUCUCUCAAUGCCACACAAUAUGUGGCUCUCUAUUUCUCAGGACUCUGGCCUUCCUUCCUCCCUUGUCCCCAUGAAGCCCCAGGAUCAUGAUGGCAGUGUGGGGCCCAUAGACAUCCCCUCAAUGCUCAGCAACCUGAGUGGCCAGAGGGAAGUCAUGACGGAAGGGGAAGACUGGAGCGACAGACAGGACGUGCUGGAGGUUGACGAGGCUGACUUUGACACCAGUUCAUACCAGAUCUCAGAGGCACUCUCCAACCACUUCCACUACAGCAACGGGUUCCUGCGGCCCAAACCACACUCCAACGCCAUCCUCCUACACCCCAGAGGACAGAACAUCUAGACGGGUGAAAGGAGUUUGUUGAAAAAGGAACUGCCCUCUGCUCCACCCUAACUCAAUGGUCAUGGAGGCCUGUUAAAUUGCAGCAUCACUUUGUCAACUGUAAACCUAGUAUUGUCUAAGCACUUAUCAGUUGUGCUUGUGCUGUCAUUUUAGCUAACCUUUUAGUUCUGAUAUACUAAAUAUACCCUACCCUUGUGCGUUAAUGUUAUUUUCAUGUUUCUUUCUAUUUUAAAAAAUCAAAAGGGCUGUUCGAGAGAAUUCUCAUGUUUAUUCGUAAAAGCAUGUCCACUGUUUUUUUCUCCAGAAUUGUUAGUCUCUGGCAUAGUUCUAAAAAGACGAUGGCGAUCCGGCUCUUGAUACCUUCUCUUGAUAGCUUUUGUCAAUAGCUAGGUUUCCAUCCAAUUGGUGACAGAUUUUCAUGUGAAUAUUCUAGAAUCCCCAUAAAAUAUUUGUAUUUCCAACCAGUGUUUACCCCAAACUGACUUGUUUUCAUGUACUGAAUAAAGUUCAAUGCUUUUCCAUCACA